CUAAUAUUGCAUCACCAUUGAAUUAAGCUAUAGCUUCAACAAACAUAUAUAGUGUUGCAGAUGAUGGAGGCACCAAAGAUGGGAGCAGCGGCCGCCAUUGCCGUGCUGGUGGCGGCGGUGCUGGCCAUGGCGGCGAUGGCGCAGAACUCGCCGCAGGACUUCGUGGACCUCCACAACGCGGCGCGCAGCGUGGAGGGCGUCGGCAAGGUGGUCUGGGACAAGGCCGUGGCGGUGUACGCGGAGAGCUACGCGGCGAAGCGCGCCGCCGGCGACUGCGCGCUGAUCCACUCGGCGACUGCGUACGGCGAGAACCUGUACGGCGGUCCCCGUGGCGGUGGCAAGUGGACGGCGGCGGACGCCGUGAAGUCGUGGGUGAGCGAGAAGGACAAGUACGACUACGACAGCAACAGCUGCCGGGGAAAGUGGGACUCGUGCCUCCACUACACGCAGGUGGUGUGGAACCGGACGAGGGCGAUCGGCUGCGCCCGCGUCGGCUGCAACAACGGCACUGGCGUCUUCAUCAUCUGCAACUACAACCCCUCCGGCAACUUCCCGGGACAGCGCCCCUUCGUGCGUGCCUUAACGCUCUCUGCUGCUUAAUUGACGCACGCAGCCGUGUGUAUAUAUAUAGAUGAUGUUCUACUACGUGCUAUAUGCAUGUGAAUGUAAGCACAC